CAGCACAGGCACGCUCUGAACUCCCUGAGAGUGAAGGGAGGGGAGAGGAGAGAAAGGUAAAGAGGGAAGAGAACACCACAACAAGCUUUCCCAACACCCGGCUGCUCUCGCACACGCUCUCGCUCAAUCACUCGCCCACCAGACCUCAGGCUCUGACCUGUGGACUCUGGCCUGUCUGUAGGUCACUCUCUCUGUGAGCACCCUCUCUCUUUCUCUGUAUCUCCACAGUGUUCUGCUCUUCAUCCCUCUUUCGCGCUCGCUCACGUUCCUCCCUCGCAAACUUCUCGCGCGAGCGGUGGGGAUGUGGCAGGCCCUGUUCAGGGGUGCCCUCGGCUGCGCCCUGCUGGUCCUGGCACUGGGGAGCGGCAUGGACGCGGGGGUGUCGCCCGUCGGUUUCUACCCACGCUUCAACCCCUUCUUCUUCCUGUGCACCCACCACGGAGAGCUGGAGGGGUCCGGGACGGCCGAGGGAGGGGGAGAGGUGCUGCUCACCUUACAGAUCGCCGGGAACCCCAGCGCUUACGUCCCGGGACAAGAGUACCAGGUGACGAUCUCCACCAGCACUUACUUUGAUGGUCUGCUGGUUACGGGUCUUUACACCUCCACCACAAUCCAGGCAGCCCCCAUCCCUGCGCCGGCCGCCUUUGGGUUCGGAGUGAUGUCAGAGCGACAGUUUGGGACGCAGUUUGUUUGCAGUGUGGUGGCGUCUCAUGUCAGUCAUCUGCCCACGACCAGUCUGAGCUUUGUGUGGAUCGCUCCGCCCCCCGGCACAGGCUGCGUCAACUUCCUGGCUACGGCCACACAUCGAGGACAGAUCAUAUUCAAGGACACUCUGGCCCAGCAGCUGUGUGAACAGGGAGCUCCUACAGAAUCUCCACUGAGGCCCAGUUUAGCUGAGAUUCAUGGAAACCAUGCAGUACUGCGUGAUGAUUUUGAUUCUAAUCUACAAGCAGAGCUGGAUCUCAGUAUCUGGUCAGACUGCAGUAACUGUGCGGUAGGGGAGCAGUGUGGGGUGCUGCUGCAUGGCAAAGCCCUCACUUUCUGUGAACCGUUUGGGAGGAGAGAGCUGACCACAGUGGCUUUAAACACGAGCACUGCUUCGGUACUGCAGUUUGCACUGGGCUCUGGAUCCUGCCGCUUCAGUUACUCAGAUCCCAGUAUAAUCGUCUCCUGUAAUCUGAACAGUUCAGAUGACUGGAUCACCUUGGACAAGAUCAGAGCCCCUACUAACAGCAGCACAGUCGUGCAUCUCCUGCCUGUGCCGCCGGUCUGUAGGGAGGAGGGCGUGAGACUGCGCUGGACUCAGGAGGAUGCACUGGGACCUGACGGAUAUGAAUCUUGCUGGGGAUUAGACAACGUAUUGCUGGUCAACAUGGCCCACAAACCUACUCUUCUGGAAGACAACCUAGAUCCUCCAGAUACUGCCAACUGGUUCUUUUUUCCAGGUGCCACUGUAAAGCACGCCUGUCAGUCAGAUGGGAACUCGCUGUAUUUCCAUGGAGGAGAGGGAGUAGGACACAGUUUUGCUUCUACCCGCGACAUUGAUCUCCACCGGGAAGAAGGACAGAGCUACUGGGAGGAGGACUUUGAGAGUCCACCCAAAGGCUGGGAGAUUAAAGGUGCAGUCUAUGGGACUCAGUGUGGUGAGAUUGAGUCGGGCUCUGCCCUCGUGUUCGUUGGGGACGGAGAGAGAAAAGUGUGCACGCCCUACCUGGACACGACCUUUUAUGGAAACCUGCGAUUUCAUUUUACCAUGGGUGGGGGGGAGUGUGACCCUGCGGAGGCACAUGAGAAUAGCGUUAUCCUGUUUGGAUGGUCAGAAGGAAGGAGAGGACAUGUUGUUUUGGACACACUACCGUUUUCAGCCUACAGGACUCCUGCGGUGGUGUCGGUGGCGCUGCCUGUAGAGCUACAGACUCCUAAGACUAAAUUCUGUCUGGAGCAGAAGUUUCAUGCUGAACUGAAUCAUCAUGUCUGGGCUGUGGAUUUCCUGCAGCUGCUGCCCGUGUUGCCUGGUGCUCACACACACAUGGCCCAGUUCUCCAUCAACCUCGGCUGUGGCUCCUACCAGCCUGCUAAUAGCGUCAAUUUAGAGUUUUCGACCAAUCACGGUCGCUCCUGGUCCCUCCUGCACACAGAGUGUCUGCCUGAGCUGUGUUCAGGAACACAUCUUCCCCACAGCACAGUUUACUCCUCUGAGAACUACAGUGGGUGGACUAGGAUUUCCAUCCCUCUUCCUAACGCUGCCCUCACUGAGAGUACGCAGUUCCGGUGGAGACAAACUGGACCCGGCAGCAUGUGGGCCAUCGAUAAUGUGUACAUCGGGCCCUCCUGUCUGAGGUCCUGCUCAGGACGAGGACACUGCACACGCACCGGCUGCAAGUGUGAUCCAGGUUUCAGUGGUCCAGCGUGUGAACUGGCUUCUCAGACGUUCCCCGCCUUCCUGUCGGAGGGUUUCUCCAGUCCGAGGCUCUCCUCCUACCACAGCUUCUCCUCUCUGCGGGGGGCUGAGGUCAGUUUCGCCUGUGGGGUUUUAGCCAGUGGAAAGGCCUUGGUCUUCAACAGAGACAACAGGAGACAUCUGGUCACUGCUCCACUGGACAGCUCUCAGGCCAGGUACCUGCAGUUCACUCUGAGGUUGGGUAGCCGAAGUACCCUCAGUUCCUGUCCCGCCCCAGAUCAGCCCGGGGAGGGGUUACUGCUCCACUACUCCUCAGAUAAUGGCAUCACCUGGACUCUGCUGCAGCACUUCUCCUACCAGGGUUACCAUGAGCCCAGGAUUGUGUCGGUGGAGCUCCCCUCAGGAGCGCAGAAGUUCGGGGUUCAGUUCCGCUGGUGGCAGCCGUAUCACUCCGGGCGGGGUCAGGAUGUGUGGGCGCUUGACGAGCUCAGCAUGACCUCUGUACUCUUCAACACCAUCAGCCUGGACUUCAGCAACGUGCUGGACGUCACUCAGAGUUUGGGCUUUUAUCUGGGUCGUGUGCAGCCCUACUGCCAGCAUGACUGGACCAUCAGUUUCUCUGGUGAUCCCAACCCUGGCUCCAGUAUCCGGUAUGUGGAGACUCAGUCCAUGCAGAUUGGAGCGUCGUACACACUGCAGUUCUCCCUGGUAAUGGGCUGCGGGCGAGAGUCCUCCCCCCACAUUGACACACAAGUUAGGCUGGAGUUUUCUACCAAUCAUGGACUGACCUGGCAUCUGGUUAAGGAGGCAUGUCUUCCAGGUAUGCCCAGCUGCUCUGAGUUCACUGCUCCCAGUGUCUACCAUCCUUCAGAGUUCACUGGCUGGAGACGAAUCACUCUUCCCCUACCCCAGAAAACCUGGUCUGGAGCCACACGGUUUCGUUGGAUCCAGAACUACUACAGUGAACAGGACGAGUGGGCUCUGGAUGACAUCUACAUUGGACAGCAGUGUCCUCAGAUGUGUCAUGGACAUGGCUGGUGUGAUCAUGGUCACUGCAGGUGUGAUGAGGGUUUUUCUGGUCCGAACUGUCAGCCCUCCUCUUCACUAUCCUCCAGUGUGCUCGCAGAUUUCGAGUCCCAGGAAUCAUUAACGGUGACGUGGCAGGAGGUGACCGGUGGAGAGAUUGUGUCUCCUGACCAGGGCUGUGGCGUUGUGUCAUCUGGAUCUUCUUUGUACUUUAGCAAGGCUGGAUUGAGGCAGCUAGUGAGUUGGGACUUGGACACAGAAUGGGCGGAGUUUGUGCAGUUCUACCUGCGAGUGGGUGGAGACUGGGUGGAGUGUAACCAAGCUGACACCAGGGAGGAGGGAGUUCUUCUGCAGUACAGUAAUAAUGGAGGCAUCAGCUGGGGUCUGAUUGCAGAGAUGUACUUCACUGACUUCACUAAACCUCGGUUUGUUUAUUACGAGUUGCCUCAAGCUGCUAAGACUCAGUGUACGCGGUUCCGCUGGUGGCAGCCCCUCCAUUCAGGCGAGGGUUAUGACCAGUGGGCUAUUGACGAUGUGAUCAUUCUGUCUGAGAGAGAGAAGCAUGUCAUUCCAAUGGCUAACCCCACUCUUCCUCAGAAUUUUUACGAGAAGCCAGCGUUUGAUUAUCCGCUGAAUCAAAUGAGUGUGUGGCUGAUGCUGGGAAACGAGGGAAUGGACAAGGAACGGAACGGAAGUUUCUGUGCCCCCACUCCCUCCGCCAUGGUGUUCGGGAGAUCUGACGGGGACAGGGUCGCUGUGACCCGGGACCUGGCCCUCCGCCCUGGAUACACAUUACAGUUCAAGUUGAACAUUGGGUGCGAGUCAGAUUUUAGCGCUUCCACUCCCGUGCUGCUGCAGUACUCCCACGAUGCAGGGCGCACCUGGGCUCUGGUGCGGGAGGGCUGUUUUCCAGGCUCCGCUGGGACAGCAGGCUGUGAAGGUAGCGCACGAGAGCUUAGAGAGCCCACCAUCUACAACGUUGGAGACUACGAGCGCUGGACCAGAGUUACUGUUGUAAUUCCACGAAAUGUAGCUGCAAGUAAGACACGGUUCCGCUGGUUUCAAGAGAGCAGCGUUCAUCAGGAUGCCCCCGCAUUCGCCCUGGACAGUGUUUACAUCUCUGAGCCCUGUCCUAAUCACUGUGGGGGUCAUGGGGACUGCAUUUCAGGAGUCUGCUUCUGUGACAUGGGCUAUACAGUGGAGCAGGACAGCUGUGUACCCUCUGUUGCCAGUCCCACUGAGUUGGCUGAGGGCUUUGAGGGUAAGUUGAGCCCUCUUUGGCAAGGAAUCAGUGGUGGGCAGAUAGACGGAGGCUGUGGAACCAUCAGCGAGGGAAAAGCUCUCUACUUCAGCAGUUCUGGAUGGCGAGAGGCUCGCACUGUGCCCCUGGACACCACCAAUACCCGACUGAUUCAGUUCUACAUUCGGAUUGGUGGGAAAAACACGGGCCCAACCUGCACGAGGCCCAGGACCCGCAACGAAGGGGUGAUCGUGCAGUGCUCCAUCAAUAACGGUGUGCAGUGGCACUUCCUGCGGGAGCUGGAUUUCGGUUCUUUUCUGGAACCUCAGGUUGUGACGAUUGAGCUUCCUCCUUACGCAAAGACGCCCUACACUGUGUUCCGCUGGUGGCAGCCCCAACAAGGAAAACACUCAGCCCAGUGGGCUCUUGAUGACGUUCUGAUCGGGAUGAAUGAUAGCUCCAGAAGUGGCUUCCAUGAUAAGUUUGAUGGAACAUCACCCUUGAGGCACAACUGGUUCAGAGUAGUGGGUGGAGAGGUCACAGUGGAUUGUCUGUCUCUGGACACGGCCCUGACCUUUCAGUCUGAUUCAUCAAACAAGUAUCCACGCUAUGCAGAAAGUUGGGAUUUUGAAGUGUCGGGAUCCUCGUUCCUCCAGUUUGAUUUGAGUAUGGGCUGCAGUAAAGCUGAGAAUCCAGCACACGGGGUGCACCUGGAGUUUUCCACAGACUGUGGUCGACACUGGACGCUGCUCUCUCCUGAGUGCGUUCCUCCUGCUAUCGGCUGCGCUGAAUACACCCAGAGCUCCAUCUACAGCGCCCCUCAGUUCUCCCGCUGGAGGAGGGUCACCGUCUACCUGCCCAGUGCUGCUAAUUCUCCCAGAACGAGGUUCCGCUGGAUCCAGCCUUACUUCACUCCUGGAGCGGACAGCUGGGCUCUAGAUAACGUGCUGCUGGCUCCUGGCUGCCCCUGGAUGUGUUCUGGACAUGGCCUGUGUGACAAUGGUCACUGUGUGUGUGACAGAGGUUACGGCGGUGCCCACUGUGUGCCCAUGGCUCCCCUGCCCUCUGUUCUCAGAGAGGACUUUAACGAGAACCUAGAAGCAGAUAUCUGGCCUGAAGUGUACGGUGCAGAAAGGGGCACGCUGAGUGGAGAGCCUCUUAAAUCAGGCACAGCUCUCAUCUUCAAAGGGGAGGGAUUGCGUAUGCUGGUUUCACGGGAUCUGGACUGCACAAGCACUCUGUACAUCCAGUUUUCAUUUAAAUUUAUCACAAAGGGAGUACCAGAGCGCUCUCACUCCGUGUUGCUGCAGUAUUCGGUGAAUGGAGGGAUCAGCUGGCUUUUGCUGGAUGAAUUCUACUUUCCCACCUCCACCGACACGCUGUUCAUACAUCUGCCACUGCCCUCUAGUGCUCAGACCAACGCUACCCGCUUCAGACUGUGGCAGCCUUACAACAACGGCAAGAAGGAAGAGGUGUGGGUGAUUGACGAUCUUAUUAUUGAUGGCAGCUCUUUGAACAACCCUCCAAUUCUAUCAGAGAACUUUGAAGGUGGAGCUCAGGAUCUGAACUGGUUGUUCUAUCCGGGGGGCAAUAUUGGUCUGUACUGUCCGUACCAGAAGACAGGACUGGAUGAAGACUCAGCCAUGGUGUUUGUGUCGAGUGAGCUGGGAGAACACUCAAUAACCACUAGAGAUAUUGACGUCAGUGAGAACACCAUCAUCCAGUUUGAGAUCAACGUGGGCUGUACAGCAGAGAGCUCGUCUUCAAACCCAGUGCGUCUGGAGUUCUCCCGGGACUUUGGGGCCACGUGGCAUCUCUUGGUUCCUCUGUGUGCUGGAAGUCCAACCCCCAGCUCUCUGUGCUCCACUGAACUUCACCCCGCCAGUAUCUACUACCCUGGCACCACUCAGGGCUGGAGACGGGAGGUUAUUCACUUUGGAAAGCUGCGUCUGUGCGGGUCAGUGCGGUUCCGCUGGUACCAGGGCUUCUAUUCCUCUGGAACGGCACCACCAACCUGGGCCCUGGACAACGUCUACAUCGGCCCCCAAUGCCAGGACAUGUGCAGCGGGCACGGGGUGUGUGUUAGGGGCACGCACUGCGAGUGUGACCCGGGUUACUCCGGCCCGGACUGCUCUGUUCAAGAGUCCCCCAACCCAGACUUCUUAAAGGAGGACUUUGAAGGGGGUGCGCUGGAUUCAGAGCACUUCAGGGUGCUGAGUGGAGGAAAGCCUUCUAGAAAGUGUGGCAUCAUGACCAGUGGAAACCACUUGUUCUUCAGUGAGGAUGGAUUGCGCAUGUUGGAAACCACAGAUAUGGAUCUUUCUAAUGCCAGGUUUGUGCAGUUCUUCCUGAGGCUGGGCUGUGGGAAAGCCGCUCCUGACCCUCGUUCUCAGCCGGUGCUGCUGCAGUUCUCAGUGAAUGGAGGAUUAUCCUGGAGUCUGCUGCAGGAGUUCCUGUACAGCAACAACAGUAACCAGGCUCACCUGGUGGCCCUGGAGAUCCCCCUGCGCGCCCGCACCUCACAGACCCGCCUGCGCUGGUGGCAGCCUUCUGAAAACGGGCAUUUCCACAGUCCCUGGGUCAUCGAUAAGGUGGUGGUGGGGGGCAGUGCCAGCGGUUGGGGUCCUCUGGAGGACGACUUCUCUUCUACAGAUGCUCGUUCCUGGCUGCUUCACCCUGGUGGAACGCGCAUGCCUGUGUGUGGAUCUGAUGGAGAAGCUUUUGCCUUCAUUGAGAAGUCCAACACUCGCUAUGGUGUCACUACUGAUAUCAGCGUCGGGCAGGACGCCUUCAUCCAGUUCGACUUCUCUGCUUCCUGUUCCGUCACUGCCUCCUGCUACUCGGUGGAACUGGAGUACUCUCUGGAUCUUGGGCUGAACUGGCACCCUCUUGUGAGAGACUGUUUACCAACCAGUCCAGACUGCUCCUCCUACAUGCUCCAGCGCCUCCUAGUGUCAGACACCUACAACAAGUGGGGCAGAGUUACUCUUCCCAUUCCACACUACGCACGGUCCUCAGCUACAAGGUUCAGGUGGUUCCAGCAGGCUCCAUUCGACAAGCAGCAAACCUGGGCCCUGGACAACCUGUAUAUUGGAGAUGGCUGUCCUGAAAUGUGCUCUGGCCAUGGUCGAUGCAAGCAGAGUUCCUGUGUGUGUGAUCCGGAGUGGGGAGGUGAGUACUGCAGCGAACCCCUGCUGUCUCUUCCCUUCCAACUGAAGGACAGUUUCAGCCGAGCGCCCUCACUCAGCCACUGGCACCUCCUGACCGGAGGAAAGCUGAGCAGUGUGUGUGGGGCUGUAGCUUCAGGAGCUGCCCUGCACUUCAGUGGGAGCUGUACUCGUCAGCUGGUAACAGUGGAUUUGAACUUGACCAGCGCUGAGUUCAUACAGUUCUACUUCAUGUACGGCUGCAUGGUCCCGCCUAUCAACCGGAACCAGGGCGUCCUGCUGGAAUACAGCCUGAACGGAGGCAUCAGCUGGAGUUUACUGACGGAGAUAUUCUAUGACCAGUACAGCAAACCAGGGUUUGUGAAUGUGCUAGUGCCCCCUGCUGCUCAGGCGGUGGGAGUGCGGGUACGCUGGUGGCAGCCACAGCACGAUGGACUGGACCGGGGAGACUGGGCGCUGGACAACGUGCUCAUCUCCGGCUCAGACACACACACUCAGAUCUCAGACACUUUCGGAGGUGUUGCAUUACCCAAUCACGAGAGAGCUCCAGCCGAUGGAACGCCCACUGGUCGUAUAGUGACUGAGGAGGAGGAGAGCAGCUCAGUGAGUGAGCACUGGUUGUUCUCUGAGGACUGCUCCGUGCAGCGGUUCUGCAAUUCGCCGGACGGGGUAAUGGUGUGUGGCAGUCUGGAUGGCCGAGAGGUAUACGCCAUCACGCAUGACAUCAUCCCUGACCGAGGUUGGGUCAUGCAGUUUAAGAUCUCCGUUGGUUGUGAUGUACCAGAGAGAAAUGCGGAGCGUCAGGUUCAUGUGCAGUACUCAGUGGACUUUGGCGUCUCCUGGAAGUACCUGAUGCCUCAGUGUCUGCCAGCGGACCCUCGCUGUGGAGGGCAGGUCUCUCAGCCCUCUGUGUUCUUCCCUUCAAAGGAGUGGAAGAGAGCGGUGUACCCUCUGCCUGACAGUCUCGCUGAUACAUCAGUACGGUUCAGGUUCUACCAGCAGCACUCCGACACUCAGUGGGCCGUAGAGAACUUCUACAUAGGGCCUGCCUGUCAGAACCUCUGCAGAGGCCAUGGUGACUGUCUGGAUCAGCGAUGCCUGUGUGACCCAGGAUUUUCAGGAUCCAACUGUUUUUCCAGCUCCACCCUGAAGGCCUCCCUGAAGGAGCGGUUUGACUGGCAGGAGGACCACGGGUCUCAGUGGCAGGUUUUGGAGGGGGGUCACCCCUGCACUGACUGUGGAGUUCUGGUGGAGGGGAGAGCGCUGUACUUUAAUGGAGCUGAUGCCAGACAGGCCGUCACUGCUGACCUGGAUCUGCGUGGAGCCAAGUUUGUGGAAUACUGGGCCAGGAUUGGGAGUGAGAACAAUAUGAGUCUGUGCCAUCGCCCAACUUGCAGAAAAGAGGGUGUAUUGCUGGAUUAUUCCACAGAUGGAGGUGUGUCAUGGACGCUGCUUCAUGAGAUGGACUAUAUGAAGUACGUGUCAGUGAGGAGGGACUACAUUGUCCUGCCGGAGGGAGCGCUCACCAACGCGACGCGGCUGCGCUGGUGGCAGCCGUUUACUGUGUCCUCUGGUCUGGCUACCCCAGAUCCUGAGCGUGCUCAGUGGGCUUUAGAUAACAUCCUGGUUGGAGGCUCUGACAUCAACCCCAGCACUCUGCUGGACACGUUUGAUGAUGAAGGAACAUCUCAUGAAGAAAGUUGGAGUUUCUAUCCGAAUGCUGUUCGAACGGCUGGUUUUUGUGGUAAUCCCUCUUUCCAUCUUUACUGGCCCAACAAAAACCAGGAUGGCACCCACAACAUCCUGGCCACCAGGGAGCUUAUAGUCCAGCCUGGAUACAUCUUACAGUUCAAGAUUGUGGUGGGUUGUGAAGCAGACAGUUGUGAAGAUCAUCAUUCAGUACUUCUACAGUACAGAAAAGAUGCCAGGUCAGACUCGUGGCAGUUGGUACAGUCCGCAUGCCUCCCCUCCUCAGUGAACAAUGUGGGCUGUUCCCCUUUCCAGUUCCAUGAGUCCACCAUCUACAGCCCAGUCAACAGCUCGGUAUGGACCAGAGUUACUGUGCAGUUGCCUGACUAUGUCUCCUCAGGUGCCACGCAGUUCCGCUGGAUUCAGAAGGAAGGUGCUGGUGAGCUGCAUGGCUGGGGAGUUGAUCAUGUGUACAUUGGUGAAGCUUGUCCGGGUCUUUGCAGUGGGCACGGGUACUGUGCCAGUGGAGCGGUCUGCAUUUGUGAUGAAGGGCACCAAGGUGAUGAUUGCUCAUUGUCCAGCAGUGACCUUCCCACAUCUAUAAAGGACAACUUUGAGUCAGGCUCUGUGUCUGAAGAGAGCUGGAGUGUAAUUCAGGGUGGAGAGGUCAGCAGUGGCUGUGGCCAGCUCUCCCCACACGCUCAUGGGGAUUCUCUUUAUUUCAGUGGUUGCAAGAUGAGGCAGGCCAUCACAAAACCUCUGGACCUCACCAGGGCCAGUAAGAUCAUGUUUGUGCUGCAGAUCGGCAGUGUGUUUCAGACAGACAGUUGUAACACAGCUUUGGACCAGGUUGACACUGUGGACCGGGCUGUGCUUCUCCAGUACAGUGUCAACAAUGGAGUUAGCUGGCAUGUUAUUGCUCAGCAUCAGCCCAAAGAUUUCAUCAAGGCCCAGCGAGUUUCCUACAACAUACCACUGGAAGCACGUGUGAAAGGUGUGCAGUUGCGAUGGUGGCAGCCACGUCACGGUGGGACAGGACACGACCAGUGGGCUCUGGACCACGUGGAGGUUGUACUCACCCGUAAACAGAACUACAUGAUGAACUUUGCCAGACAGACUGGGCUGCGUCACUACUACAACAGGAAAAAGAGGGCAGUGCAGCAACGCGCCUAACCUACCGAACAAGAGAUCCUGGCAAUCACACAUUCAAAGAUGCAUCCUCUCACUGAUGACGACACCACCAGUGGAUUCCUAUCAGCCUUAGACCAUCCCACUACCCUUUGGUGAACAUUAUUCCCUCUCAAACUGGAGCUAAACAAGACCUUCCCAGGACGGAGUGAUUGGGAAGGAGAAGGCAGCAGCCACAUUUUCUAUUUCCGUUUACCUUCCAAGAACUUUCAGGUUUAUUGUUAUUGUAAUUUUCAUUUUCGUGAUUUCUCAUUGUCUCUUACCCUUUCUCUUAUCACACUGUGAGGUUAUACUAGAUCACUGAUGAUGAUUUGUGGUGAUUAUGAGACUGAAACAGCUGUGAAGUUCAACAGAGCCAAUGGAGAGAAAGAUACCUUGUACCUUUUCCGAGGAGGAAAUGUGUUGAUUGAAGUUACUGGGUUUAGCAGUGAUGAUGCUAAGAGUUCUAUGUUCUUACUGUUUUGUGUCUGUGGGUUCUUUUUGUGAUGAGUUUGAUUGUGGUGUUCAUUUGGUUAUUAGUUUAUAGCAAGGACUGUAGAAAAACAUGGACUCUGUGGUUCCAAUCCCUUUUGUUUUUUGUCUAAUGUGCAACCAGAGUCUGGGCAAAAGAGUCUGGAGAGAGAGCCAGACAAAAUAGGGGUGACCAGUGCAUCUCAGACCACCUUCAUUUAUUUAACAGAGCAGAGCAAAGCGGUGCAAUGACGCAGAUUUCAUUUUCCAGCAGGACUUGGCACACUGCCCACACUGCCAAAAGUACCAAGUGCUGCUGGAAAAUGAAAUUUGCAUUAUUGCACCGCUUUGCUCUGCUCUGUAAAAUAAAAAAUUCAACAAUUUUUAAGGAGAUUCAGAUUUCAUUUUCCAGCAGGAGAGGGAAGCAUGAAGUGCUGUAAGAUUUAGUGGGAAAACAAAACUGCACUGACUUUAGACUUGAUAAUAAAACACAGUGGAUCAACAGCAGCAGAUGACAGACAUGACUCUCCAAACCAUCACUGAUCAUCAGUAAAUUUUACAUUUCAUUUAUAAAUCAAGAGAUCAGAGUCUGGAGACAGUCCAAACUGCUCAAGGUCUAGUGUGAAGUUUCCACCAAUGAGUGAUGGUUUGGAGUGUAGAACAAAGCGUAUUUCUACUGGAUGCAGAGUUUGUUCAGUAAGUGAACAACAAAUAAAGGGGUGGUUUGUGUUUUUUAUUAACAAACAAUUAACAUUUUAGCUCAGUUUACUGGUGAGAUUACCCGAAGCUACUAUGAUCCAGUUUAACCCCUGAGCUGCUUGUAGAUAAUAAUUAGAGGAGAAUCAGGAAAAUGAGUACACAGCACAAUAUGACACAACAUGAUCAGUAAUCUUAAGUAAAUAAUAAUAGAAAAGAAAAAUGUGCCAGCAUAAGCUCUAAUUUAAUAGCUGAAAUGAGAUACUACAGAUGCAGAAAGUUUAGGUUUUCACUGAAUCGUAUGGGGAUGGGCGGAGCUACUGUCUGCUGCUGUCUGUGCUUUUCUACAGUCAUUGGUGUAUACUAAUUCUGAUAUUUUGAGGUUUGAUCAUUUUCAUUUGUGGAGAUGAAAUGAUGAAUAUAGUCUUCAGCAAUGGAAAUAAAAAAUGGAAAAUAUAAAAUGGCAUCAAAAAAGUUUAAUAUUUGUUCCCUUUUUAAAGUCAUUUUUAUAUGUUGAUCCCCAGAGAAUUUUAUGGUAAAUGGUUCUUCAUGUAACCCAUUUAAAAUGCACUGUGUGUGAAAUCUGUAUGCUAUUUUCUAGUGUUAAAUUAUUAGGCAGUUGGGUCAGGAUCUCAGAUUGCAGAAUGAAAACUCUACUGUCAACCUCAUCCUCUCGUGAUGUCCCCGCCCCCUCCCCCCCUCCUCUCGGUUUCACACCUGAAGCCCGGCGAGGGAUUCCCCGUCAGUGUUUGUUUUUGUAAUUCUGUGUUAUAUAUAUAUAUAAAUAUAUCCUCUCCUCCACCCUCUGUGUAACUAGAAUAUAUCAGUCACUAGUGUGUGUACAAAUACACAUACUGAACACACACACAACACACAGACAUACUGUACACACACACACACAUACACACUCUUACCCAACCACCAAAGCUGAAGACAAAGCAAAAUAAAGAACUGUUCAAAACUCGAAAACCUGAAAA